AUGAAGAUCAUUCUCUUUGCUUUCUUCUGUGGUCUCAUUGCGAUUUCACUCGCAAGACCACAAGUAUCUUACGAGAAGAAUGGACCUGCCAAACUCUACAAAGGAGAUGGCGACGAUGAUGGAGGCUAUGGAACAGGUGGAGACGGUAAGCUACCAGUGAAAUUAUAUCCAAUAAGUGAUGAUGUUAAAGGUGGAAAACACAAAAAUGGACCCGCCAAAUGGUACAAGAGAGCUGGAGAUGGAGACGGUGAUGGAGGAUAUGGAACUGGAGAUGGUGAUGGAGAAGGAGAACCACCAAAGAUCAGACUGGACGAAGAUGGUGAAGAUCAUGGUAAGAAUGGAAAUCCAGUUUCCAUCACUGGAGCACCACAAGUAUCGGCUGGAGAUGAAGGAGAGGCAACCUACGGAAUCGGAGAUCCAGUAGCAGUUACUGGAUCAGUGAUCUACAAGGGUGAUGGAGAUGGCAAGUCUGAUAAUGGAGACCCAGUGGCUGUAACUGAAGAUCCAGAAGAAUACAAAUUGGCUGGAGAUGAUGGAGAUGGAAGUUAUGAUAAUGGAUCACCAGUUGCUGUGACAGGAGAGCCAAAGGUUGUCUAUCUCCGCACCUCUCACGUUGCUGCCAACGUCUACAAGGUGUCAUCUGCCGUUGCUCAAAAAUACGCUCAUGGAAAACCAGUCGCUCGUGUUUCUCGUAAUGGACCACACCGUCUCAUUUCAACAAAGUGA